AUGAAAAAUCAAAAACAAAAUAACAAACCUAAUCUAUGUAAAUUUUUAAUUUAUAAAAGCGUAGAUUAUUACAGAUCUUUAACAUUUAGAAGACAUGGAUAGAUAGGAUAUUGAAUAAUAAAAAUUAUUGAAAUUGUAAUUGUCAAGAAUAGAAAAUUUAAAAAAGGAGUAUUCUAAAAAAGACUAAGAAAUUUGUAAACUAGAACAGUAAGUUGAAUAAUUCAGAAUAUAUUAUGACAAAUAUGAAAAUGUUAAAAAACUUCUUGAGUCAGCUUUAGAACAGCUAGAGAAAAUUGAAAAUUAAAAUAAAAUGCUUUAAAGAAAGUUGAGUGAAUUUUAAGAAUCUUAUGCUAAAUUAGAAUUAAAACAUCAAACACUUUUAGCAGAUUUUAAUAAUGCCAUAAUGGAAAAAGAAGUCAAUUAAAUCUCCCAAAAUAGCAGUAUUAGAUUAGAACUUAAUGAACUAAAAUCAUAAUAUCAUUAAAAAAUACAGCAUAUGGAAUCUGAAUUAUAAAAAUAUAAGCAAACAAUUUAAGAAAAAGAGGCAUAAAAUAAUAAUUUAACAUCUCAAUUAAAUACAUAUUCAAAACAAAUAUUAUAGUAUAAAUAAUAAGCUAAAAAUGUUGAUCUUAUUUUAAAAAAUCAUAUAGCUUCAAAUAAAUAACAAAUUACAUCUUAUCCAUAAUCAAUCUGUGAGACAGAAGUUUAUAAAGAAGAUUAAAAUUUAAAAAUAUUCUGUUCUUAAUUAAGUUAGGAUUAUGAUGAAGCUGUUAAGAGAAUUUAAUAAUUUGAAAGAUAAUUAACAGAAUAUAGAACAGAAAAUCUUGAAUUAAAGAAAUAUAUUCAAUAUUUAACAGAUAAAUGA